AUGCAGCGUUUGAGUGCGUUUGUGCUGGUGCGGAUCAUCUUAAGGGUUCUGCGCUUUGUCACCCAAAGCCAAAUGACCCGAACACACAGGAAAUGCUUAUCAAGUUUUGUUAUGUUCGUCAGCUUGAGGGACGAGCAGAUUGUCCUGCUCCUUCUGGCUAUAAACUAUGAAGCUAGCAACUUCUUGGGAAGUAGCAGCUUCUCCGUGGCUGAUUUCCUCCAGUCCAAGGACCAGCAGCUUUCUCUCAGCCUGAGGACAGCAGAUGAUUCAGCUACCGUGGGCACAGUGGUGGUGAGCCGGAUGAAGAUGGGUGAGAUAGAGGAUGGUGAGGUGGACCACAUUACCGCCGACAUGCACCAGAAGUGCACGCUGGUGUACGAGUCGUCACAUGGAAGGAUUAGUGACAAAGAUAACGGACCAAUAAUGAAUGCUGUGUUUAAGAACGCUGUGUGUAAGGUGUACAGGUUUCAGACGGUGGACAGUAAAUGGAUGUUGGUUCGGGAACAGAUGGCGGAGUGUACGCUGUCCUUCAGCAUCCCGAAGCAGCUCAUCGCCCUCUACAUUCAGGAGGACACCUGCAGGAUACAGGAGCUGAAAGAUCUAGGAGAGCUCUCUCCACACUGGGACAACCUGCGGAAGGACGUGAUCUCUCGCUACGACCAGAUCAUUAAAGAAUACCAGGACACGUUGGCGGAGCUGGAGAAACUUACUGGCCCGUUGUUCAAGCCCAGCUGCAGCAAAGGCCAGAAAUAUCUGGAGUUCAUUCCCAUCAACCUGCACACACAGAGAAUGCGGGUGACGUGUCCAAGGAAAACAGAUUCCUUCUAUGAUGUGGUCACAGUAGGAGCUCCGGCAGCCCAUUCGCAAGGCUUCAAGAACGGAGGCUUGCAGAAACUGCUCAGCAAAUACGAAACCGAGAAGAAGAGCUACAGCACGGCAUAUCAGUGCAUUUACUAUCCUCCAGAACAGACGGCCAAGGCCCGCGAGAUCCUGUGUGUGGUGUCCCAGCUGCAGCCGCACAUCUCUGCGCUGGCCGACCAGCUGCUCCAGACGGCCCAGCAGAGCUCCAGCCAGCCUCUCCGAGACGUCCUCAAGAGCCUGGAGGAGAAGACGAAGCAGUUUGUUCACGCUCUGAAGGAUGAGCUGGUGAAGAGCGCCCUCCUGGCGCUGCAUGCCGCCCGUCCUGGAUACAUCAGCAAAAGUCAGACUUCUGCUCCAUCCAGCCCACGUGAGGCCGACCCGCACCCCAGUGCCCCCGAGGAACCGCACAGCAUCUGUAACAAUGUGGACGGCUCUCAGACGCCGCCGAAAGAAAGCCGAGCAUCUCCAGUCCGCUCCGACUCCAUCCCGCACCACAAGGAGUACGACGAGGAGGAAUGGACGCCGCCGAAAGAAAGCCGAGCAUCUCCAGUCCGCUCCGACUCCAUCCCGCACCACAAGGAGUACGACGAGGAGGAAUGGACGAAGCAGUUUGUUCACGCUCUGAAGGAUGAGCUGGUGAAGAGCGCCCUCCUGGCGCUGCAUGCCGCCCGUCCUGGAUACAUCAGCAAAAGUCAGACUUCUGCUCCAUCCAGCCCACGUGAGGCCGACCCGCACCCCAGUGCCCCCGAGGAACCGCACAGCAUCUGUAACAAUGUGGACGGCUCUCAGACGCCGCCGAAAGAAAGCCGAGCAUCUCCAGUCCGCUCCGACUCCAUCCCGCACCACAAGGAGUACGACGAGGAGGAAUGGGACAGGGUCUGGGCCAGUGUGGCGAAGAGUUUGAACUGUGUCAUCGCCCUGGUGGAUAAACUACAGGAGCAAGACAACAACAACCUGGAAUCAGCACCCAGCCACAUGCUCGCUGACGUCAUCACCUCACACAGUCCCGAUCCUCCCCUGACAGCUACAGUUUGGCAGGAUCAGCUCGGCGUCCUGAUUCAGUCAUUGAAGGAGUGUGUGGCAGAAGUGGCGGAGAGAGCCAGGCGCUCCGUGAGCUUCGUCCUGCUCCAGGAGGCGGUGUGCAGCACGGCACAGGGCCUGCAGCUGCAGCAGAGACGGGACGCUGUCCUCAGCCAGGCACUGGCUGCGCUGGCAUGUGGAUUUGUCAUGCGAUUAUACGCAGGUUUGGAAGAUAAGGGCUUUCUCAGACAGCUGCACGCCGUCGGGCUGGUGGCCCAGUUUGAGAGCCUGCUGAGUACUUACAGUGAGUUUCCGCCAUCAGAUUGCCUGCUCUUUUUGUCUCUUCUUUCUGAAGGCCUGCCGUGUUUUCAGACACAGACAGACAUUAAGGAACUGCUCAGCACCCUCGGCCAGAAUGUAGUAACCAAGAAGAGAAAGAAUGUGGAGAUCCUGUGGCUUGCGGGAAUGAUCUGUCGACGCAUAAAUGGUAUCCGCUUCACCAGCUGUAAAAGUGCCAAAGACAGGACGUCCAUGUCAGUGACGCUGGAGCAGUGCUCUCUGCUGCGGGACGAGCACCAGCUCAAUAAAGAUUACUUUGUGCGAGCUCUGGACUGCAUGCGGAGCGGUCUCUUGGCCCAGGGAGAGGUUGCCCAAUGGGACGACCCCGAAGUGGGCUCCGUAGCUAUUAACAAGCCGGCGUCCCGCCACUUCUAUCCAAUCGCCCUUCUGCUUGUCAGCUCCCACCUGCUAGUGGUGUGGCUCAUUUUAAGUCUUGUUUUUUUGCUUGCAAAAUACCAAUAAACUGCUGAUUAUGCCAUAA